UGAAAAAAAAAGGACAUAGUACAACCUUUAAGACAUUGGAAUUAGAUUUUUUAGAAUUUUUACAGUAGCUUGAAUGAUAGUACACCACUUUCCAGUUAAUUUCUUGACGAAUAUCUUAGUUCGCUAAAAUCUCUUGUUUGCCGAUGUUGUCAUGGUUCCUGUUGUAAACAUCAAGUAAACUUCGAGGUUCCGUGAGCUCCAUAUUUGGCAAGCUGAGCCCACGAGCGUGAGAAAGUUGUUUGGGAAGAACGUAAUUUUUCUGAUUGUUAGAAAUAUUUAAUUUUUUUUACAUCCAUUAAGAGUAUUUUUGUUGAUCCAAAAUAGAGAAGGAUGGACGGGGAAUGCCUUUCUGUUACCGUGGUGGACAGGGUGACAAAGUUCGAUACUCUUGGUGGUUAUGUUUUCUUGGUGUUUCUGAUAUGUCUUAUCAUUGGGUUCAUUCUUGGUCUUCUGUUAGCGCGAUGCAUUCUAAGGGAGUUGGAGGAGCAAUAUUCCCAAAGGAGAAGUAAAUCACAAACUGAAGCAAUUCUUAUUGAAGUAGAGAGUGAAGUUAAAAUACAAGAGACAUCUGGAAAGAAAAUGGGUAGUAACAGGAUAGCUCCAAUGCCUGUGUCAACCAAAAAUACAGCUGAUGUUGCUAUAGAGAUGGAACCAACCCACCUUAGCACCGGUAGUCUUCACAGUCAAUCAGCUUGGACAGGAAAACAAGAUAGCAACAACUCAUCAAUUGCUUAUGCACUGAGCAAAUCUUCAGGAGAAGAGAUGGAAGUUGAAAUUCAAAAACAAGAUUUCAAGUCAAUUGAGGAAAUGGAAACUAACAUCCAUCUACAGAAGAGUGAGACAUUCCUACAGUUGUUGAAAAUGAUUUUGAGUUUCUUGAUGAGCAAAUCCAGAAUAAGUGAAGGGUUUCGAAGAGAUUCUUUGGCCAAGUAUGAGCAGGCAAUUGAAGACAUAGACAGGAAUGCUAAUGAAGAGAUGAAGGUUGAAGAACAGGAACUUAGAACAACCAUUGUGGAUCCCAUGGAGCUUGAUCAAGCAAUAGAGGGUCUGCAUGCUAAGUACUCUAAGAGAAUGGCUACAGAAAGAAUGGAACUUCAGGAGAAACUGAGAACAGAUCUCUUGCAGGACACUGAACUGUCAGAACAAGAGGCAGAGCAGAUUGUUGCCAAACUCAUGAUGAACAUGGCUGCCGUAGACAGGAAGUUGGCUGAGGAGGCCAGCAGGCAAAACAUGGUUUUGCACGAAAGACUUGCGCGAAGACAAGCCCUUGCUCAACAAAGAGUUGUGGAUAAUGAGCAGGAAAAUGAGGAAUUUGACGACCGAUUGAAACAGCCGAAGAAGAAUUUGGACGUUUUAUGCAAAAGGGGAAAGCUUCAAAAUGACCAGAAGGACAGGAUCAUGGAUGAAUAUGAAAGAGAUCUCAGAGUUUUAGAAGAGAAACAUCAGCAAGCUAUCCUGAAAAGUCAAAACGAUUUAAACGAGAAGCUCAGAAGAAAGCGGGAGCAAAGAAUGAGAAAACUAGAAAUGGAACAAGUUGCAGAAAAAGAGGAUUUUGAAAGGAAGGCCAACCAGCUGAUUACUGAUGGUAACAUGACAGCUGAGGACUUCCUGGAGGCGAACCAUAAACUUAGGGUGCAGCAGCAAGUUGCGCGUGAAGAAGAGGAGGACCGAGCUGAUGAGUCCGAAGUGGAAGAACUGAACGUCCUCCGACAGAAGCUAGACGAAAAACGACAACGUAGUUUGAAAGAAAGAGAGGAAACCUUAUUUGAACAGAUUAGAAAGGAGGCGCAUCUGUCGUCAAAGGAAGCUGAGAAAUUGAUGAACAAACAUCUGGAAGAAGUCAACGCAGCAAACGAGAGAAAAAACCGUGAGCGUCAGAGGCAACGAGCUGUAAUUCAAGAGAAACUGGAAGAAAGGAAGAAAAGGUGGGAAAGGGAUUUAGAACGACAGCAAGCCGAACAGAACCAGUUGGUUGCAGAGCAAGAGAAAGCUAUAAAACAAGUGUUAAACACCCAAGCAGGACUCCCAGAAGACUUACGUAAACAAGUGAUGCUAGAACACGAGCAGAACGUGAUAGCACUCAACAAUCAUUUACAAAUGACGAGACUGAGGCAACAGAAAAGGUUGGAACAGCGCCUGGCAACAAGACGAGCCAGGCUUGCUGAAAUGAGGCAACAGAUGGAGAAGGAACGAAAAGAAUACGAGGACAACGACCCAGAAGCCAUGAAGAACCUUACACGUGUUCAGCACAUUGAAUAUCAAGCUGAGGUGAAGAAAAUAGAGGCUGAACAUCAGACCGCCUUAGAAGAAUUGAGAAGACGUUUGGCGGCCGAGACAGAGGAAGCUUUAAGAGAACAAGAUGAGAGACUUGGUAAAAUCUUGGGUAAACUGCAGGUUGCAGUUGCAAGAAGGGAAGAAAUCAUCAAAAAGCAAGACGAAGCUAUCCGUUCCCUGGAGAAAAAGUUAGUAGAGAACAUGACGAGAGAAGGAACUUUAGCUGAUGCACAGACGGAUAAGAUUUUGAAACAACAUCAGAAACAAGUGGACAAGUUGAAUACACAGAUAGAUAUGGAGAAGGAAAAACAGAUGCAGAAAAUUCGAGAGAAAAUUGCAGCAAAGCAACAAAAGAAAGCGAGGGCUUUGGAAGAGAAACUUUAUCAAGAGAAAGAAGAGCAAAAAAGUAAAGCUGUACAGUCUGCGGGAACCAAGUUAUUCGCACUUUUAGCAGAGCAGCGCCACAGGAGAGAAAUGGAAGACCUAGAGCGUGAAAUGCAGUUGGACCUUGCGCGUCAGUUGGAAGAGAUCAAUAAAGAAGUGGACGAGCAACUCUUGGCCGACUUGCAGGAGGAAGAAAAGAAAUUUAUCGCUACUUUAGCCGAAAACAGUGCAGUAACUGAAGAAGAAUUGCUUGAAACAAUAAAAAACUCUGCGUCAGAGGUUGGAAUGGACUCCAAGCUAACGAAGAGUAUCGCGAAAGACGUUCGUAAACGAGUGAGAAGCGCCCGAACUCCAGCUCCAGAUGUAUGACCAGUCACCUUGCUGUGUGACCCUAAUUUGUUACUGCAACUGAGUUUAUUGCUCUCUUUUGAAUUGAAUAUGGCAUUGAUUGAUUUUACAUGUUGCAUGAUGUAUAACUUAAAAGUACACUCAGUUGAGUUUCGAAAGUAAUUCGGGAUUUCACUGUUUUGCUUACUUCGCUUUGACAGGAAACUCGCGCCAAACUAAUGCAUAUGUGACUUUGUCAGUCGAGUUUCCAGCGAGUUAACUAUCUAAUGUAAUAAGUUUGUUCCACCUUUAUCAGCCCAGCCCCCACCCCCCCAAAAAAACAACAACAAUAACAAUAACAAAGGUGUUAGCUCGUUUCCUUCGAUUUGUGUCAUUUAAACUGCUCGAAAUUAAUCACUUACCUAAUCUAACAUACGUGCCUGUGUUUCGCGGAAGGCGAUGUUUUAAAGGCACUCAGCCUGCCCUUUCAGUCAAGUGUUUUUGAUUGAAACGUGCAUGCUAAUAGAAUUUGUAAUUAUUUCUUUAGAAUAGAAACAUAACUUGUCUUCAAAAGAUAAAGGGGGCAGUGGUGAAGAAGGGGGCAAACUUGUUACUUCUGAUGUAGUGGACGCGCAGACUGGGGGCUCUUAAACCUUUCUUUUUCUCUGAUAUGCUGUUGUGAUUUCAUUGGUUUUGGAUCAACGACAGUCAAUCGGAAAGCUGCCUUCUUCUCAUCGUUAGUACUGAUAGUCAGUAGAUAAGGUCAAUCAACUGACCAAUCAGAACUUAGGUUAACUUAAUUAUUAGCCAAUGGGAACUUGAUGGCAAAUGCGAAAGAAACUGAAUAUUUAUAUCCUGCAUUAUUAAAUGCAAAUAUUUAUCACGUUUUCUCAAUUGAAGGAAACAUUAUUUACUAUCGUGGGACCAAUUUAUAUUGAAACAGUGUGUUACCAAUAAACGAUGAGAUCAGCUGGACACUCAUGGCAAUUUCAUUUGCCAGAGACAAGCCAGGCGACUCUGGGAACUUCACUUUUC